UUUUGAGUAUAUAAAAGUCGAACGGCCAGAUCACAGAUGGCGUUGACAUUGAAAAAAUGGGACUACAAGACCCCCGGUUGUGCAUUGCCAUUAUUCUGCAGGACCCGGCACUACUUGAAGGAACCAUUCGCGACAACCUUAAUCCAACCAACGAGUACAUCUACAACGAAGUCUGGGCGGCUAUUAGCGCGGGCCAAAUCUGCGACCCUCUCAAUACUCCGACAGAGAAGUACGUUAAAUCUAAAAAUAAUAGACAUUUUAACAAGGGGCCGUGGAUCGAGGGUGUUUGUGACAUCAGAAAUGGGGGGCCGAGUCAUGUGACAGCGCAGACGCGUAAAAUAUGUUUAUGAUAUUUUACGCGUACGGCGAAUUCUGAAUAGUGAGCUCUUCAG